AUGGGUGUUCUCGGACUCGUUACAACCGGCUUUGUCGGCGCCCUUCACAGCUACAUCCUGUGGCUAGAGAUGUUUGCUUGGACUUCUCCUCGCGGGAGAAGGACCUUCAAGCUCACACCUGAAUUCGCCGAGCAGACCAAGACCAUGGCGGCGAACCAGGGUCUGUACAACGGUUUCCUCUCAGCUGGGUUGAUUUGGUCGCUUCUUCACCCGAACCCUGUGUUUGCGAAGCAGCUGCAGAUUUUCUUCAACGGUUGUGUCGUACUUGCGGGCGCUUAUGGCGGUGCGACAGCCAACAAGCGUAUUCUUUACGUUCAGGCUGCCCCGGCUGCUGUUGCUCUUGGACUUGUUCUUUUGGGAAUGUAG